AUGACAGCUCGUGAACAAGGCGUAGUUAAAUGGUUCAACGACACUAAAGGCUUCGGCUUUAUCCAACGCGCAGGCGGUGAUGACGAUGACGAAGGUUCAACUCAUGUUGCUCCAGCGCUUUAUCUCGAAGAUAACCGCUAUGAUCCUGCUCGUUUAGUCGAAGAAGAAGAUUACGAAGAACAAAGUACUUCAGCUUUGCAUAAUGCUAUGGAACAGUUAGAUGAUCGCUCACGCAACAUCUUACAGCGCCGUUGGUUAGAUGAUGAUAAAUCGACCUUGCAUGAACUGGCUGCAGAGUACAAUGUCUCUGCUGAGCAUGACUGGCUUAUGUGGAUUGCAAUUUCAGCACUGAAUUUAGCGCUUGCAGUAAUCUUAGGUGCAUUUGGCGCACAUGGUUUAAAAGCUCACGCAACUGAAGCUCAGUUGGCAUGGUGGCAAACAGCAACUGAUUAUUUUUUCUACCACGCACUGGGCCUAUUGGCACUGGCUAUUCUCAGUAAAGUCAUCCCACAACUUCCAAUCAAAGCCAGCUUCUUACUCAUCCAAAUUGGUAUUUUAUUUUUCUGCGGUUCGCUUUAUGUCAUGGCACUGGGUUUACCACGAGGUUUAGGUGCAAUUACACCCAUUGGUGGAGCACUGAUGAUUGCAGGUUGGCUGACAUCACAAUUUGCGCAAUCGAAUGGAAUGUAUAUGCAAAUUUUCUUAAAUGGUGAGCCUCAAGAAACCGCUUGCCAAAAUCUUUUACAACUGGUUCAGGAACUUUCACUCGAAGGUAAACGCUUUGCCGUAGAAAUGAAUGAAAUGAUCAUUUCCAAAAGUAAACUUGAACUUACCCCUAUUGCUGAAAAAGACCGUAUUGAAAUCAUUCACGCUGUCGGUGGCGGCUAA